GAUGGAUUAAAAAAAACCUCAAAAGAGAAACAAAAGUUUGAGAACUAAAUAAAGAAAGAAAAAUAAAGAGAGGGAAAGGGAGAAGAUGAAGGUGCAUAGUCUGUUCUUGAUGGCUAUUUUCUUCUACCUAGCAUAUACGCAGCUGGUCAAGGCGCAACCUCGCGAUGAUUGCCAAACUAGAUGUGGUGACGUCCCAAUUGAUUACCCUUUUGGUAUUUCUACAGGUUGUUACUACCCCGGAGAUGAUAGCUUCAAUAUUACCUGUGAGGAAGAUAAACCAAAUGUCUUAAGCAACAUUGAAGUGCUAAACUUUAAUCAUAGCGGCCAGCUACGCGGUCUGAUUCCUCGAUCCACUGUUUGCUACGACCAGCAAACAAAUAAUGAUUUCGAGUCCCUCUGGUUUCGGUUGGAUAAUUUAUCUUUCUCCCCCAAUAACAAGUUUACUUUAGUAGGCUGUAACGCUUGGGCACUUCUAAGCACUUUUGGAAUACAAAACUACUCAACUGGAUGUAUGUCAUUAUGCGAUACUCCCCCGCCGCCAAAUAGUAAAUGUAAUGGUGUUGGUUGCUGCAGAACAGAGGUAUCUAUCCCCUUGGAUAGCCAUAGAAUUGAAACUCAACCAUCUCGCUUCGAAAACAUGACUUCCGUGGAGCACUUUAAUCCUUGCAGCUACGCUUUUUUCGUUGAAGAUGGUAUGUUUAACUUCAGUUCUUUAGAAGAUCUUAAGGAUCUGCGAAAUGUCACGAGGUUCCCUGUGUUACUAGAUUGGUCUAUUGGAAACCAGACAUGUGAGCAAGUUGUAGGUAGAAACAUAUGUGGUGGGAACAGCACAUGUUUUGAUUCUACUCGUGGAAAGGGUUAUAACUGCAAGUGUUUACAAGGUUUUGAUGGGAAUCCAUACCUUUCGGACGGUUGCCAAGACAUCAAUGAGUGUACUACCCGUAUACAUAACUGUUCGGAUACCAGCACAUGUGAAAACACACUUGGAAGCUUCCAUUGUCAGUGCCCAUCUGGUUCUGAUUUAAAUACCACUACUAUGAGCUGCAUUGACACACCUAAAGAAGAGCCUAAGUACUUAGGAUGGACUACUGUUCUUCUUGGAACCACCAUCGGAUUCUUAAUCAUCUUGCUUACCAUUAGCUAUAUACAACAAAAAAUGAGGCACCGAAAAAACACCGAGCUGCGACAACAAUUCUUCGAGCAAAAUGGUGGUGGCAUGUUGAUACAGCGACUCUCAGGAGCAGGGCCAUCAAAUGUGGAUGUCAAAAUCUUUACUGAAGAAGGCAUGAAGGAAGCAACUGAUGGUUAUAAUGAGAGCAGAAUCCUAGGCCAGGGAGGACAAGGAACAGUCUACAAAGGGAUAUUGCAAGAUAACUCCAUUGUUGCUAUAAAGAAAGCUCGACUUGGAGACCGUAGCCAAGUAGAGCAGUUCAUCAACGAAGUGCUAGUGCUUUCACAAAUAAACCACAGGAACGUGGUCAAACUCUUGGGCUGUUGUCUAGAGACUGAAGUUCCCUUGUUGGUCUAUGAGUUCAUUUCCAGUGGCACUCUUUUUGAUCACUUGCACGGUUCUAUGUUUGAUUCUUCGCUUACAUGGGAACACCGUCUGAGGAUAGCCAUAGAAGUUGCUGGAACUCUUGCAUAUCUUCACUCCUAUGCUUCUAUUCCAAUCAUCCACCGAGAUGUCAAGACUGCUAACAUUCUCCUCGAUGAAAACUUAACUGCAAAAGUAGCUGAUUUUGGUGCAUCAAGGCUGAUACCGAUGGACCAAGAGCAGCUCACAACUAUGGUUCAAGGAACUCUUGGCUAUUUAGACCCUGAAUACUACAAUACAGGGCUUCUGAACGAAAAGAGCGAUGUUUAUAGCUUUGGGGUAGUCCUCAUGGAACUGCUCUCAGGUGAAAAGGCAUUAUGCUUUGAACGGCCACAAAGCUCAAAACAUCUAGUGAGUUACUUUGUUUCUGCCAUGAAAGAAAAUAGGUUGCAUGAGAUUAUUGACGGUCAAGUUAUGAACGAGUAUAAUCAGAGGGAGAUCCAGGAAUCUGCAAGAAUUGCUGUUGAGUGUACAAGAAUUAUGGGAGAGGAAAGGCCAAGUAUGAAAGAAGUAGCUGCAGAGUUAGAGGCCUUGAGAGUCAAAACAACCAAACAUCAGUGGUCAGAUCAAUAUCCCAAGGAGGUUGAGCAUUUGCUUGGUGUUCAAAUCUUAUCGACGCAAGGUGAUACCAGUAGCAUUGGCUAUGACAGCAUCCAGAAUGUAACAAGGUUGGACAUUGAAACUGGCCGCUGAUAUUUAUCAAUCUUUUGUUUGUGAAAAAGUAAAGCCACUUAUUUAUUGCUUAUGUCCUAUAUGUUUCCUAACACUUCAAAAAAAACAGAGUAUCAAAACAUGAUAUUCAAGAACAUUUAUGCUCGAGAGAU